CAGGACACCACACCCCUUUCUCAUGAAGUUUCCUUCGCAACUCGGAGCCACGGUCGCUUUCGUCGUCGUUGCCACAACGACAACUAAAACGGUGUCGGGCAAUCUAGCCUCUCCGUUCCCUUUCGAAGAAACCAACGCUGAUGGAACCCCCACAGGUGAGAUGUACAUCCACGGAGGACCUGGCGAAAGCUGGUUCGAAGACAAGCAGGGAUUCACUAUUUGUCCAGUGGAUGAGCAGCCAACUAGACGUAGUCGACGUUUUCUUGGUGUCUUGGACUGGUUCACUGGUGGGACAAGCGAGGAAGAUUUAGCCUCUUCUGAUCCAGAAAGGACCUUCUACUACUGCGACCAGGACGAGAACGGCAACGCGGUACCCAGAACGGAUCUGAAAGUGGGUGAGAGCGAUCCCCAAGCCUCUGGCCUCCCCGCACAUAUUGAAAUAACGAGCGAUCAGCUCGAAGCGCAAUGUGGGCCUUACUGUCAGUUGGACGAAAACGGUCGCCGCUUGGGUGAAGAAGAGAUCGAUGGCAGCCAUCGCAAGCUCCAGGGAACUUUGAAGAACCUCGUGGUCCUUAUGCGGUUCAGCGAUCACGCUACUCGGGAUCUUCCGUCGGUGGGUGAAGUGGACGACCUGAUGAGUGCCGAUAGUCCCACCACGUCCUGUCCUACUGGUAGUGUAAAGCAGGUGUUCUUGGAGAACAGCAAUGGUCGAUUGAUUCUCGAUUCCACCGUCUACCAAUGGGUGACCCUCGACCCUUUAUACACGGAGACAUACUGUGCCAAUGGACGAUCCGGUCUUGACGCACGCGUCCACGAAUGCAUUGCGAACGCACUGGACCAGGUUGAAGCUGGUGGAUUGGACUUCCGUGACUUUGAUCAGGACAGCGACGGCAGAAUCGAUGCCAUUACCUUUCUGCACUCGGGCUAUGGGGCAGAAUGGAAUGGAGCUCCUAAUCGCAUCUGGUCGCACAAGUGGGUGCUAUACUCCAUCAACGACGGUGGCGGGAGUGGCUGGACGUCUAACACGGGUGUGAGCGUGUACACCUACCACAUCAGCCCGUCUCUGUGGGGCACUAGUGGCAACGCAAUUGGUCGCAUCGGAGUCAUUGCUCAUGAAACCGGCCAUUUUCUGGGACUACCUGAUCUCUACGACACCGAUGGAGGCGGACAAGGGCUAAACUCCUGGAGUCUGAUGGCCAACAGUUGGGGAUUUGACGGGUCGCAGCUGUACCCGCCUCUCAUGGAUCCUUGGUGUAAAAUCCAGCUAGGUUGGGUCACUCCCACAGUCUUGACGGAAACCUCUCGAAGUAUCGAGAUUAAACCUUCUUAUACCGAGGACGACUACUAUGUCAUCCAAAAGGGUUUCCCACAGGGAGAGUAUCUCGUGAUUGAGAAUCGUCGCAGGGUGGGAUACGACAGCCAGAUUCCCAGGGAGGGACUUAUGAUCUACCACAUUGAUGACAGUGCUAGUUUCAAUCGAGAGGGCUUCCCAGGCCAAUUUAAUUGGCCUCAAAACGGAAACCACUACAGAGUAGCGCUCUUGCAAGCUGACGGGGCCUACAAUUUGGAACGAGGACGCGGUGGAGAUAGUGGUGAUGUGUUCCACGGCGGGAGCGGCGGCGUUUCGUCCCUUGGCCCUGGUCCGAAUGUCUAUCCAAACACUGAUAGUUACAAAUUUGGUAACAUUGUUCAAACUCGAGUCACCAUUGAGAAUAUAAGUCCGGCCGGCGAGAUGAUGACUUUUGAUUUCCUGGACGGCGACGAUGUGGUAGAGGGCGCUCCGACCCAAGCACCCACAACAGAAGGCCCGCACGAAAUUAGUGUUAGAGUGACGCACGAUAGAUAUCCCGAAGAAACGUCCUGGAACCUAGUAAACGUGGCUGGAGGAGGCGUACUUGCUCGUCAGAAUGCAGGCGAAGUCACAACCGACAAUACGGUUGUUGUAGAGACAAUUCGAGUUUACCCCGGCACCUUUCGGUUCGACAUAUCGGAUGUGUACAACGAUGGCAUUUGCUGCACCUAUGGAAUAGGGUCUUUCGAGAUCAAGGUUGAUGGUAUGGUUGUUUAUGCUUCUGACGGGGCGUUUGGUCAGUCCGAUAGUACCACGUUCGAAGUCGGUGGCGCCAUCAUCGAUACGUCCGCACCCAUGGGACAAUCCAGUCCUGCGCCCACGCCGAUUCCGACUGUACAACCCACAGGGCCGCCCACUGUUUUUCCUACAGUUUCGCCUAGCACGAGUCCCACCUUCCCUGCUCCAACAGCUCCACCAACUGUGACGCCAACGGAUAGGCCUACCACUCUUGCUCCGACAAACGCUCCAACCAGUCAGCCUUCGAACACACCGACAACCAUACCAACCUCCCUUCCAACCGUUUCUUUCAGUACAGCUUCACCCACUCGGGCGCCAACCGAUACGCCUAUCACACUUUCUCCUACAUUGACUCCGACCAGUCCGCCCUCAAACACCUCCACUUCUGUAACCACCUUCAGCCCAACCAGCCUAAUCUCCACAGCUUCACCUACUGCGAUACCAUCCAAUAGACUUGCUACUCAAUCUCCAACAGUAGCUCCCACCAAGCAGCCAUCUGCUUACCCGUCUGCAGCACCCACUGUUACAGCAACAAACUUACCCACUGGAGAAGAGUCAAACCUUGACAACAAUUAUCUGAUUGAAAUUGAAGUAGUCCAUGAUGAUUAUCCGUGGGAAACUUCAUGGACCUUGACAAAGCCAGACGGUGUCAACGAAGUUCUCGCAUCUCAAGCGCAGGGUUCCAUUGUCACGAAGGGCUACGUAACAAACAUUGCGCUUAACCUUUCUUCUGGAGCGUACUUGUUUGAGUUGAGGGAUUCUGCCAGUGACGGAAUUUGCUGUGGGUGGGGAAUUGGCGGUUACGAAGUCAAGGUGGAUGGCACUGUCGUUGCCACCGGGGGCGAGUAUGGGCCCUCAAAGCUUGAAACCAUCAUAGUCGGCCCCGUGGAUCCUCCGUCCGACGACUUGGUGGAAGUGACAGUUCGAGUGAAGCACGACAAUUACCCCGGGGAAACGGGCUGGGAGAUGCUGGACACAACAACCAACGCCGUAUUGAUAAAUCAGGUUCAAGGUACUGUUACCAGUCGCGGGCAGGUUGUGACGAAGAGUGUCCUAGUUUCUCCGGGAGAGUAUGCGUUCCACAUAACGGAUACGUUCAGCGACGGUGUUUGCUGCUCGUAUGGUGAAGGUCUAUACGAAGUACUUGUUGGUAACACUGUUGUUGCCAGCGGUGGCGAUUUUGGAGCCGAGAGCUUCAACACUUUCGUAGUCGUAGGCCUCUAGAUAGACAGCAUUGCAUCCUGCCGGUUAGUCUGGCUCUUAAUUUGUUGUCAAAUGAAUCAACUAUUAAGGAUUGAUAUACAUUGAAGGUGUGAAGUAUUGGAAUUACGUGUGCAAUAUGGGAGCCAUGGAAGAAGGCCAAGGGCCAAAGUAGGUUAUGGAUGAGACAGAUGACACGCUGCUAGGUACAUUGGUCAAAUAUAAAGCUGCUUCAGACCUGAGGAGAAUAAAAAUUUGCUUUCAAUUUCUUGGAAUAUGCUGUUCUGAGAACAGAAAGCAAUUUUGUUACAAGUCAUCGAGGGUCAACUUGCUUAAAGUUUCGUCGUGUAUGGCUUUUCUGCUGGCCAUCCAGGCUGUCAAUGUCAAGGCAUCGUCUUUUUCAGCAAUGAAUGAAUCUUCUAAUUCCGCAAGGUUUCCAACAAUAGUG